UUACACAUUAAUACUUAAAAAAUGUGUUACGUACAUUGAUAUAUUAUUAGUUGAAAUACGCAGAAUUCUAUUAAUCUAAUGUAUAUGCCAUUUUUAUAUUUCCGAUCCAGAAUUCGCCCUGAUAGGUUAGGAAAUGUGUCAAGGCUCGUCUAGACGACAAGGCGUAAGGCGCAGCGCAAGAGCGCGAGCACAGGCGCAAGAGGAUUUUUCCCGAUCAUAGGGUCGUGGCGCAAGCGAAAUAACCCAGGUAGCAAUAUUAUAAGUUAUCGCUUUAAGGUUGCCUUUAGGAUUUUACUAUAAGAUAACCAAUGUAUGUUUUAAAAUUGGUAUCUAUUUUACUGUUGUCUUAUUAUUUUAGGUUAUAUUGAAACGUUUGCUGUACAUUAUCGUAUAUGUGCUCUGGAACUGUUCAGUUAUUUCGAGACACUUCUGGCAGAGGACGAGGAAUGUCGGCAGUGCUUUCGACAAUUUCGCAGCUUGUGCACGAUCCUUUUAGUGCCGAUGGAGGGUAUAGGGUCGGCGACAGUGCCAAAAGUAUACAAAGUAUUGUCGACCGCGACACGAACGUUGCGCGGAAGUACGGAUACGCGGGAGGUCUUCGAUCAGCACCGCGAAGAUAUUCGAGCCUGUGCUCGCUUACUGGGAAAAGCGCGUGGACACCGACAAGAGCACGCUGGAGCGUUUGCUCGACACUGGCGUCUUGCAGGAACUAAUGAAUUUGUUUGUACACAUGAACAGAGAUGAAUUUUACUCCACGCACGUGUCGGUAAAGUGAAAGUCGUGCCUGGACAAACUCUGUACAGUUAAGAGGGACUUGUACAACACCGUGGUGAUGAAAUGCAGAUUCGUCAGUCUAGUAUCCGAGGAGGUGACAAAGUCGAGCUUCCGCCGCAAGGUGUGGGACUACAUGACGAAGAAUGAGCUGGUCAACUUCCCCGUCAACAUAUACAAGCGUAUACCGAAUUUCAAGGGCGCCGCGGAGGUGGCGCAGUGGCUGAUCGAGUUGGACGUGUUUAAGAAGGCAAGAGUCAUCAAGAUAAAUCCAGACAAGCCGCAGGAGCCAGUGAGGUUCUCGGCUCUGGAGGCCAACAAGUUGCAUCUCUCCACUCGACGGAGUCGAACCGAGCCCUACAGAUUCUGGAGAGCUUCAGGAAUCUUGAGAAUAUUAUCUCUUUCGUGCUGGACAGAUUGAGCGUUGUAUAUUACAGCAAUAAUUUGUAUAGGAAAGCUGCGACUGUGUGCGCAUUGAAUGCCUUGUUAACGUCCCACACAGCAUCGAAAUAUUUCAGAAAGCUCUCAAA